AUGUCUAACACUAACAGCACGGAUCAGGCGCAACCACAGCCGGAGAACACGGCUCAUCCGGUGGAAUCGAGGCCGCGGAAGCGUGCGUCGCCGGCGGGGGAUAACUGGCUGCCUCCUGGUUGGAGAACCGAAGCGAAGACUCGAACCUCCGGCACUAAAGCUGGUGUUGUGGAUAAGUUCUACUUCGAACCCUCGGGUCGUAAGUUUCGGUCCAAGAACGAGGUGUUGUACUACUUGGAACACGGAACGCCUAAAAAGCCCGGCAAGAAAGCGGAAAACAGCGACAUGUCAUCCGAACAUUCUGAAGGCCAAGUAAGCAAUAAGCGGCAGAACAAAUCCAACCAAACAGCAAAUGAGCAGCCACCGCCACCGCCAAAGCCGUUGAACUUUGAUUUUCUGAAUGUGCCGGAGAAGGUGAUUUGGACCGGCACAAACGGUUCAGAAGAAGAUUGGUGGCCUGUCAUUGGGGACUACAAGAUUGAGGAACCUGUCAGCGAAGAUUGGCACAGAGCAUUCACUCUUGUCACCGCUCCAAGGGAUGGAAAAGCAACGUUUUAG